GGAGACUUCUCAGAUACCUCUAGAACUCGCCCGCCCGAUCACCCUCCAGGACGACUACGACGGAGCCGAACCCGCCGCCUCCUCCCUCGCCGCCGCCAACCUCCUCAGGCUAGCGGAAAUGCUCCCGCAACGACCAACCGACCAACCAAAUGCGCCGCGCACAGCCUCAGCAAGCGCCCGUUUCGCCAGGUCCAGCGCCUCUUCCCCUCCGAGGGCCGCCCCCCCGCCCACUACCUGGCCACCGCACAGCGGAUCGCGGGCUUCGUACGACAGCACCUGUGGCUGGACGGCAGGCUGCGGCGGAGCUACUGCCGGGGACAGCCCUCCGCAGUACAGGG